AUGUCUACCGGAUUGAGUCUAGUGGAUUCGGGGAAUCGUCGACCUCAACGAUCUUGCGUCGGUCUUGGUGUGGAGCGCUUUGCUGACUCUUCACAUUCUACCGGGAUACAUCAAGCUCUCAGCACCGGUGAUCACAACACCGCUGCUCCCUACGCCGACCACCCCAACAACCCCGCUAAUGGUUCUCCACGAUUUGUCGAUGACGGUACUGCCUCGAGUCAGGAUGACGACGUCUCUGCGUUUCAGUCCAGUCAUCGUGAUGCGACCUCCUCUCCAUCCAGACGAGGUGAUGCGAUGAGUAUGCCUUCUCUGUGCGAGGACGGCAACCAUCAUAGGAGCUCUCCCUCUGACGAGUCCCUGUUCAUAUCUCCACCUCCGCCGGAUACUUGGGUGCCUCCUCCUGAUGCUAUGCGUGAGACCAUCCAUGCCAACGGCAGUGAUUUGCAUCUUCGUCAGCCACUGUCUCAGAGCAUCCCGCAUCGCUCAUAUGUGGAUGUCGGUGAGGUCGGUUCUGCCAGUGCCAAUCAUUCUGUUCAGACCCCAGCCGAGCACUUUGCGAAGCUGGCGUCGUUCUAUCCGCCGUUCGCCAUGCCUGAUCUCAACUCCUAUGGUUAUCAACAGCCGGUGUAUCAUGUCGGACUGCCGAUCAUCAACGUCGUGUGGGUCAUGAAGAUCUCUCUAUCUGAUCUCAACACUCUCCAUAACAUCGCCAGAAAACGCAAAGGCGCUGACAAGUUCCUGGGUCACAAGGAUCGACGCAGUGGUGCUACGUGGGUUGCCAUCAUCAAGCGUACGAUGAAGGGCUAUCCUGAUGCUGCUGUUUACCUGUGGGCGGAACUAAACUGUGAUGAUUCAGUGUGGCGUGACAUCACAGCCGGCCGCAAAGCCCCUACUAUGUGCCACGCGGACUACUCGGACCACCUAACAAGCCUCUACCGGCGCGUGAAUACUCUCUAUAACAAUGAGGAGGUUCGCCUGCGUGCCGAAGAUCAACUACACAACCUCCAACAAACUGCUAAUGAAGACGUUGCUAGCCUCCUUGAUCGGGCCGAGACUAUCAGAGUGGAGCUUGUUAAUCUUGGGUCUGAGCCGUCCGAUCGUGAUAUGAAGCGCAAGAUAUUCGACGCGCUCCAUAGCGAGAGACUACGUGAUAGAAUCGACGACUACUUGACGGAUCAUCGAGUUUCCUUGAGACGAUUCACCAGGAAGCUGUUGGAGCAAGACUCUCGGCAACGUCAUCGUGAUCAUCGCCAUGCGGCAAGCCGAUCUGGCCCCUCAGCACAGCUCAACGUGGCGAACGCAUCGUAUACGGUAUCCUCUGGCACGACUGCAUCUGCUCCCCUACCCAAUGGUUCGACUACGCCCCCUUCCCUACCCGGCGGUACGACUACGUCCUCCUUCCUAUCCGGUAAUGCGACUGCACCAACUCUGGCGAUUCGUACUGGAUCCGAGCAUGCCACGACCCUGCCUCAGCACGCGGUGCCUACUCUAUCAGCAGGCCAAUUUCAACCCUCUCGCAAAGGUCCGGGCUCUACAGCUCAGUAUCUCGAUCCGUCUGCGCUGCGUCCAUCCAUCCCUGCCGGAAGCUCGUCGGUCGAUCCCAAGCAGUUUACCAUCGAGUUCGUGCGGAGGUUUCGAUGCCAACGAUGCCUGGCACACGACCAUUCCACAAGCAAAUGUGGAACUGAGAAGAUGUUCAUGUCACAAGUUCGCUGUGACAAAUGUGGGCUCUACCAUGACGUUGCCCCCAACCCGGUACUCCACUGUGCCAAGGCGAUCUGCCAUCGUUGUUCUACUCCUGGGCAUCUGUGCCGCGCCUGCCCCUCUCCCAAGCCCCAACGUGGCCAGCCCCGUGAGCAGCUCCAAUCCAGUACAGCACAAGUCAACUGUGUCUCCGAGGAAUCUACGGCUACAUCGUCGCUGAUCGCCAUUGGCCUCAAGAUCUCCAUGAAUGAUGACUCUCGUUCUGCCACCGUACUCUGCCCGGGUCUCCUUGAUACAGGAGCCGAGGCCUUCUUCUUACGGUCUGAUGAGCUAUCGUCAUGGCGUGCUGCCGGUCUACAAUUCCCUAUUCUGCCCGAUGACACUAAGGUCAAAGUUGCCAACGGUGCUUCCGUAUCUACCUUGGGUCGUACUCCUCCGCUGCGUGUUACCUUCGUCACUGGCACCACUAUAUUGGCAUCAUUCCUUGUUCUCGAAGACCUCACUCAUCGUAUCAUACUUCCUACUACAGCUUUGAGACAAGCUGGUGGUGCUAGGUGGGUGAUAGGUGAGACUCCUUCCGAGGAUCGGCUAUUCAUCGGCGGUGGGCACGUCCAACAGCACUUUGUUCCUCUAGCCGCAUCGGGUUCGACGACUUGCCUCCGUAUGGUGCUGGCAAGAGACUCUCCGAGUCCGACUCACAAACGCUCGGUGAAGUUCUCCGUUCUUCAAGAUGAGUCGGAGAAUCUCUGUCACUCGGCUGAUCCCAUCGACCACGAUGUCUCUUCCACAGAGGGUCGCCACUUCCUACCGGUUUCUUACCGACCUGAUCCAUCCGCUCCUGCUGGACGUCCGUAUAUUGGCAUUCCUUGGUGUGACGACAGGCAUCGUCCUGCGUGGAACUAUCAUCGCGCCUAUGCACGUGACAGAGCUAUUUUUUCGAGACUCACGACAGAGCAACAAGGACUCUACCGUCAGGCCGUAACUGACCUGGUCACCGCGGGGUUCGCUGAAGUGGUCGAGAAUCCAGAGCAGUGUGGAUACUACAUCAACGGCUUACCUGUGUUUCGGCCCGAUAAGGCCACGCAUCGCUGUCGUGUGUGCUUGGAUGCUCGUGAGCUCAACCGGUACAUUGCCAACAUAUCUACCAAGGGAGUGGGUCCGGGAAGUUUGUGGUUCUUCUUGAUAGCUGUCCGCAACUGUGGAUUCUUCCGUGCUGCCGAUCUCCAAACUGCCUUUUUACGGGUCGGAAUCCAAGAUUCUGAUAGCUUUUUCAUAGGAUGUGUAGCAGCAUCUGUGACCAUUCGUUUCCGCCGACUCCCGUUCGGCCUAUCGUGUAGCGGAUUCGGACUCGAAUCUGUCUUACAAGAUCUGCAGUUGCGAUGGAGUCGACAGCUAGCGCCCCGACACUCGCCUUCCAACGGUCUGUACCCUACCACCGACGGUAGUCUCGUCAAGCCCGGUACCCGUCCUCUCGAUGCCCCACCUGAGGCCGUUCCGCUCUGCUCCGUCCCCAAAGUUCUGGUCGACAAAGGGUUGGAUUUGGUCAUCUACGUCGACGACCUUGUGAACCGCGGAGAAUGUCCAGCCGACGUCCACAAUCGGUCUCUCUUUUGCUACUCCAAACUCGACGAUGCGGGAAUGCCUGUCCACGAGGUUAAAACCUUCGACAACAUGCAUCCAGCUCCGUCCCAUGAUCCCACCAACAUCAAGGGCUUGCUCGGCUAUCGAUAUGAUCCUGGAUCGGAUUCUCUGUCACUCACGGUUAAACUCGAGCCUACCUACAGCCCGGAGACAUGCACUAGACGUCUACUGGUUGGUGCGGUCAAUUCCUUCUAUGAUCCUCUGAACCUGUUCAUGGAGUUCGCCGCAGUUGGGAGAGGUCUUGCUCGCCUGGCUUCCCAACCCACGGAUACCAAAAGUCCUUCGUGGGAUGCUCCCCUGGACAACAUUCUCGUCAAGAACCUUAACCAGUGGAUCUCUUACAUCCCUCGGGAAUUCUGGAUCCCUCGGUUCGCGGGUCUACAUGAUGGUUUGUAUGCUUUCUCGGACGCAAGCUAUGAUGGGUUCUGCUGUGAUAUUCGCAUGGGCAAGUUCCCCUUCACUAGGAUUGGUGGGAGGUUUGGCCUGUUCUCCUUGGAGUGCGUUCACAAACACUCCAUCGUACAAAAAGAACUGUCCGGUCUUUACUGCACUAUCACACUCCUGGAGCGCCUACUUGAUGUGGCCACAGCCCAUGGUCCUCUGCCACCUUCGUGCGAUAUCUUUACGGACUCCCUCAUAGCCGUCCAUCGACUCAGGUCUACUGCCAACGACAAUAAGUUGGGUAUUUUCGAGCGUCGACGUCUUCGCCGUGUUCGUGAGUUUGUUACCCGAGCUCAAAAGCUGGGUAUCGUUACUCACGUAAGGCAUAUCGCCGGUGCUUACAAUCCGUCAGAUCCCUGUACUCGCCCCUUCCGUGAACCGGUCGAGCUGACGCCCUUGCCGCCAGACCAAAUCAGCAUCGGGGUGUCGUCAUCACUCACUUCAGAUCUCACUUAUCCUCGACAGCUCCCCUCGAGGCCGGCCGAGAAUGAUGGUGACGAUCUAGAUCCCGAUCCGUUCCCUCUGAUCGACUAUUCCGACAGCGAGGCCAGUUGUGAGCUCAAUUUGGUGACCAUAGUGUCCAGCCCCGAAACUGAUGUUGGUUUCGUCUCCGUUGAAGAGCUUCAGGCCGAUCAGAGUUCCUGCUCAUCCAUACGAACUAUCAAGGAGAAGCUGUCUACAAAGACUGAAGACCCAACACGUCAACGUCUCUCCAACUGGUAUCGCAUCGGUGUCAAUGGCCUAUUGGUACGCAUUCUGAGUGCCAAGAUCAGUGAUGAGGAUUCCCCUGUGGUCGAGAGGAUCGAGCAGGUCUUGGUUGGAUCUGAACCGUUAAAGCACAAGUUGGUCGAGAAGGCGCAUGACGCGUUUCAUCGUGGCGAGGGUGGUACUCUGCGACUGUUAUGCUCUCGAUACUUCUGGAAACGCAUGCGUGCUUACGUCAGGCGCUAUGUUAACCGCUGCGAUGCCUGUGCCAAAGCUAAAGGAGACAGGAUUGCCAGAUGUUCACUCGGCUCGGUUCCGUGGUGUGGGGGCGUUGGGCCUCUCCGUGUUGUUAUGAUCGACUAUAGUGGACCAUAUGAGAAUGGACAAGAUCCAUCCUACGAUCGCUACGCUGUCACUAUCGUUUGCGUCGCCACACGAUAUUGUCGAGGUGUCACUGUCCCUGAUAAGAGCUGUGCUACACUUCUCCUCAAGCUUGCGGCCCUCUUCGACUCUACUGAUUGGCCUUCCUUGAUAUUGGCUAGCGACUCGACGUUCCGAGGACACCAAUGGACCCAUUUCUGCGCCUCUAACAACGUUAUCUUUAAGGAGCUCCCUGCCAACGCACCUUUCCUGUUAGGAUCUGUUGCUUACUGCCUGAGACAGGUCAUUCCUAAAUACGAUCGAUAUGUCGAGAUCGUUAGCAGCGGCGUGGAAGAUUUCAAAGCAUGGUAUGCAACUCUGCAUAUGCUCUGUCCGACUGGAGAGACUGAAGAUGACUCGUCCAUCACAGAUGAUAGUCAAGAUGCUUCAUCUGACAAUUAUGACGCCUCCUCUCCUGAGCUGCAAGCCAAAGCACGCAGAGCUAUGAUGAAGGUUCUCCUGUCGGUCAGCCCCGCGUCUGAGGACUCGCCUUCUCGUGGCUCGGAAGAACGCCAGGUUGCGCAGGUUAAUGCUCUGAAGCAGAUCGUCUCUAGCCAAGGAAGGCUAAUCGAUGCUCUUCGGCGUGACAGGGAUCGCAUGCAGAUUCUAGAGAUGCAAAAUCGGGAUCUCGUUCGUGUCCUGAAAGAGCGUGAGAUCAGCUUGGAUGAACUAAUGGGAGUCUGCCAGCGCCUGAUGGACCAGCAAGGGAAGUGGGUGAACAUCCACCUUGUACGGAACACGGCCGUGCUGAAGCCGUCUAAGCCUGCUUCGGCCAGCCGAGAUCCUUUCGCACUGCCUGCAGUGCCUCAUGUAUCGGAGUCUGAGAAGAACGAAUAUAAGCGACCUGUCUUCGCCCCCAAGCCACGCAAAGCGUCCAUGGGCGAGGAUAGUGGAAGCGAUGAUGACUCUUCUGGAGUGGAUGUCGCAGAUCUCGACAAUAGCGAGUUGGAUGUUCUCGUGUCGUAUUUGGACGAUAAGCUGAUGCUGUUGAAGAGAAUAGGAAAGGAGAUUGACGCCGGCUCCCCGAAAGAUGAGGAUUCCGAUGAGGAGGAUGCCAGAGUCGACGCUACACUUGAGAAUGUUGUUGCCGAGGAAGCCGAGAUUACCAAGCUUCAGGAUGAGUUGCAUUCGCUCCAGAAGGAGAAAGUCGCUGUGAGAAGCUGA